GGAGAGGCGGCUGUUGGAGAAAGCCAGCCCCUGUGCCAGCCGAGCAAAGCCUCGUCAUAGUGCGCCCAGCUUUUGCGCAAUUGACUUUUGGAGGGCGCCUUAUCACAUAUAGCUCUACAGAGCUUCGGGCCGAACGUUGGGACGUUGGGACGUUUUUUUGUUUGACUACCAUACACACAUACCAUGGCGCCACAUUCGCCGCCGUCACCGCCGUCAGCCCAUUCCCAUACGUCCAAGCGGGCGCGGCAAUCAUCGCCCGACCGCGACUCGCCCGCCUCCGGGCCCCCGAACGCAACUUCCCCUGCGACCGAGCUGUCUCACGACGGCGCCGGCGGCGGACUAGGGUCGAACAAGGUGGGACAGAGUAGCAGCUUCCGCAACGUAAGCGCGUGCAAUCGCUGCCGGUUGAGGAAGAAUCGUUGCGACCAGAAGCUGCCGAGCUGCGCUAGCUGCGACAAGGCGAGGGUGGCUUGUGUGGGCUACGACCCGAUCACCAAGAGGGAGAUCCCGCGCAGCUAUGUCUUCUAUCUCGAAACGCGCGUCGAGCAGCUCGAGGCCUUGCUGCGCGCUAGCAACGUCCACUUUCCGCCUGCCGAUGACCUAGAGUACUGCUCACGGCCAGGCGCAGAAACAGGACUCGGUAAAUCGCCCGCAGAGGGCAGCAGCCAACCUGCCGUGCCCGAGGUGACGGGUCGUACGGGAGCUUCGCGGCCACAGAAUAACGGCGGCGGCGGCAGCAGCGAGCAGCCCAGACCGAGCAAGGCCGUGAAGCAUGGUGGUACGCCUGGAGGUCGAUACCUGGGAUCGACCAACGGCGUGUCCUUUGCCCGAGUUGUCUUCGCAGCCGUCCAGUCGUCGGUCAGCGACCAGCGUUCCAAUUCAGACAGGGCCGGAGUACGCCCUUAUAAGCCGAUCGCCGGCACCGGCGCAGCCGCCUCGGGCACGUCCAUGCGGGAUUCCUUUUUUGGCUUGCACACACGCCCGACUAUCAGCCCGGCCGAGUUCCCCCACAAGGAGCUGGCCAUGAAGCUGGUAACUUUGUACUUUGAACAUGCCAACCCUCAGAUACCUGUGCUACAUCGUGGCGACUUUAUGCAAAUGUUCGACCAGGCAUAUGCCUCCGAAGGGAGGAUACGUGGGCCCAAGGAGCUCUACAUGCUAAAUAUGGUAUUUGCCAUUGGGGGCGGUAUCAUCAUGGAUGGGUCAUCCAAGUCAGGCGAGGGUGAGACAAAGUCAAGACAGGCCCAACCGGAGGAAUACCACGCGAGUGCCAUUGUCCAUCUCGAGGCCUGUCUCAGCAAUAGCGGGGGUGGCUUGGAAGAGCUCCAGGCCGUUCUUUUGCUCUCCAACUUUGCCUUGCUUCGUCCCGUUGCUCCGGGGCUCUGGUACAUUGUUGGUGUCGCAGUUCGGCUUGCCGUCGAUCUGGGGCUUCACUAUGAAGACGGAAAAGAAUUCGCGUCUAACCUUUCCGAUGAGCACCAUUCGAGAGAAAGGGGCAGGCGUGAAUACAUCAGGGACAUGCGACGGCGGCUUUGGUGGUGCACCUAUUCGUUCGACAGGCUUGUCAGCACAUGCGUCGGCAGGCCGUUUGGUGUUUCUGAUCAGGUCAUUACUACGGAGUUCCCUUCCUUGUUGGAAGACAAAUACAUCACCCACAGCGGUUUUCUGCAACGCGCGUCUGCUGGCGAGCCCACCUACAAGAUUGUGGCCCAUCAUUACUUCCGGCUACGCCUGCUGCAAUCCGAAAUCCUUCAGGUGUUGCAAUACCAGCAAGCACAGAUUGCGAGGGUCGGCGGCCAGAACCAGCAGAACAUCUAUAUGCACAAGCAUUUACCAUCGCCUUUCCUGAAUCAGUUUCACACCUUCAGGUCGUGGCGCAUGGACAUCGACAAGCGACUAUACGAAUGGAAGAACUCGGCACCGCAGAAGCCACAAUCCGGCGUUGCAUUCUCCAUUGAGUUUCUGGAACUCAACUACUGGCAGGCCAUCAUUAUGCUGUAUAGACAGAGUCUGAGUGUGCCGGCCAUGUUUGAAGGAGAAUACCAUACCUCGAAGGAAGUCAACAGCCCUUCUCUAUACCCGGCUGAGGAUAAGGACGACGAGGAAAGGGUGUAUGUCAAGGUGGCUGAAGCUGGCCAGAAAAUCAUUCGGCUGUACAGGCAGCUGCACCUGGCUGGACUCGUCAACUACACCUACUUGGCCACACACCACUUGUUCAUGGCGGGUGUUUCGUAUCUCUACGCCAUCUGGCACUCGCCUAUAGUGCGAAGUAGACUCGUAAGUUACCCUCUGCCUGUGAAUGGGUUCGGUCCGUGGAAACUGACAUUUAAGCAGUGCAUGGACGAAGUUGACUUCACCAUCUUGGCGGCUACAUCGGUAUUCUCUGAUCUCAUCGACAAAUGUCCUCCGGCAGAGGCUUGUCGUGAUGCUUUCGACCGUACCGCCAAGGCCACCGUCAAGAUGGUCAACUCGACAGGCGGAUUCGGCCAAGCGCCGGUCCGUAGCAAGCAUGGAUCGAGAAGUAGCCACGACCGGUCUGAUUACAUUUCAGCACGAGAGGCGACGGCAAAUCGAACUAGACAACACCACCAACAACGAUCUAUGGAUCAAAACCUCUCCCGGUCAGCCGGCCCGUAUGACAUGUCUGGAUCAUCAGAUGGCUAUGCCUCAGCGUCCCAGCUCACUCCUCUCCAAACGGCCCAGUUCCGACUCGCCAUGCCCAAUAAUGUGAAGACGGAACACGACGGCUACUCCAUGCUCAGGGGCAUGACGGCGAGCAGCUCCGAAGGAGGUAUGACGCCAGACAAUUCAGCCAUCGACCCAUCUCUCCUGCCGUCUCCAGGCAGCGCGCAGAUCCAGUCCCCCGUCUCCGUGGCGAGUAUGACGCCCCUCUCUGCCAACGCACCCCAGCUCCCCCAACCGGGUUCGGCCGCAAAUAUCAGCUAUCUGCGCUCCCCGUCGUCCAAUUUCACCCCUGCCCCGUCCCAGAGCCUGAAUUACACGGACCUUCAGGGCAUAGAUUUUCUGCAGGGCUUGCAGCAAGGUUCCUCCACUGGCCUGGACAGUGAGCAGGGUGGCGCCGAUUCUCAGAUGGACCUGGGCUUUGGUUUAGGGUGGGAAGGUAUGCACCAUGACUUUAGCGAUGGGCAGCAGCUCGACUUGUUCGACGGGUUUUUCUUUGGGGGACAGCAGGGUGGAAACAGUGGCGGUAUGGGCGGUUUGUAGGGCGACUGUCCCGCAUUACACGAUUUGCCGGUGGCUUAGCUGCUAUCAUUUCGAAGAUGAUAGUCGUGGGAAAUCUCACAGGUACAGACACAUAUUGUCGUAACGUAUCGUGCGUAGUGGCUUGGUUGGAGAGGAGACUUGGGCUGGGGGAAAGCAAGUCAACUGUUUUGGUUUGUACAGUAUAUACCCCCUAUUUGUCGAUGAUUAUGUAUUUGACUCAAGACUGGGAGACUACUACAAAAAGGAAUCAAUGGAAGUAGCGGGUUUCACGUUCGAUAACGCUAAACUGCUAUUGCGAG